GCGAGUGGACAAGUAGCGACAAAACAUCGUAACGCGUCAGUACGUAAGAAACCACCAGUUUAGGACUAUAGCAUACAACAGAAACGUUUCACAUGGGGAGCUGAAAGAAGAAAAUGACGUUCAUGCGUUACAGUAUGUUACUAUUAUCAGUUUUGGAGUUACUGUUGUGUGGAUGCACAGCUGGUUUGUCUCGAGCGCACCAGAGCGAUGAGAGCGAGUCUCAAGGCGCGAGACUCCCGCGUGCUGUGCCGGGCGAGCCUCUGGAAACAACCACCAUCCCAAACCACUUACCGGAGGACGACAGGGACUUCGGGUUUUCACCUUUCACCCCCAAAAUGACCAUCACAACCAGAGACUCCAGGACCACUGGUAAAUCUAACCAGCUAGAGCCCCUCUGGGUGACCACGACGGCUGCGACUCUAACCAAAACAACGAAUCCAACCUUCAAACGCACUGAAGUUAAGCCAACAUUCUUAUCAAAACUAAACAUUAAUGUAAAUUCGACUUUUUCUACUUCCAUAAGUUACACAACAAACACAACGCUACCUGAACAAGAGGGUUCAAGCAGUUCAUGGACUGCGAAAAGCACCACUAAUCCUCUCCUGACCACUGAGAAAGGACCUCAGUGUAACUGUAUUGCUGAGGGUUCAGUAAACCCAGAUACCUGUGACCAGGUCACAGGUCAGUGUGAGUGCUUGCCUGAAUACACGGGUCACCAGUGUGACAGAUGUAAGGAUGGGUAUUUCACCAAUGGGACCAGCGGCUGCCAGGCCUGUGGCUGUGAGUCCUAUGGAGCCGUGAACAAACUCUGCAAUAGUUCAGGCGUGUGCACGUGCAAGGCAGGGGUGCAUGGGGACAAGUGUGACAACUGCCGUCCAGGGUUCACGCAGUUCAGCAGCACAGGGUGCCAACCAUGCCAAUGUAGUAAUCACAGCAACUCCUGCAACCCACUGUCAGGCCUCUGCGUCAACUGCCAGGGCAACACCGAAGGAUCCGGCUGUGAGUACUGCAGGUAUAAUUUCUACCGAAAGCCCGGCACUCUUGUGACGGACACCUGUAUCCCCUGCCCCUGUUCCAGCGUGACUUCCACGGGCAGCUGUACGCUAGAGGAGAGCGGUCAGCCCAUCUGUAACCAGUGCAAGCCAGAGUACCAGGGUCGUAACUGUGAGCAGUGUAGCGAUGGCUUCUACAACGCCGACAGCAUCUGCAUUCCCUGUAACUGCAGUGGGAACGCAGACCCGCGCACAUCCCCUCGGAUCUGUCAUCCGGACACGGGCCAGUGCCUGAGGUGCAUCAACAACACUACUGGCCUGCACUGCGAGCGUUGCGCCGACGGCUUCACGGGGGACGCGCUCGCCAAGAACUGCAUUCCUAAAGUCGUCCACACUUCACCAUCCACCACUACCCUGGGGUUUCACUACACCACCAUGACCUCCAGCCCCAAUGCUACAACCCAGUUCACCUUGUCCACCCUGCUGACAAGAUUAGGCACCUCGGCUCCCAACACCACCACGGCUGCAGUGACUCAACUCCCGUGGAACCAGUUUAACAUCAUCAUCCUGGCUGUCAUCAUUAUAGUGGUGGUGGCUCUCAUGGCGGCGGUGGGAGGUGUGUACACAUACAGGGAGUACCAGAACCGCAAGCUGAACGCCCCCUUCUGGACCAUUGAGCUGAAGGAGGACAAUAUCAGCUUCAGCAGCUAUCACGAUAGCAUUCCAAACGCAGACGUAUCGGGGCUUUUAGAGGACGAAGUGAACGAAAUAAGCAAUGGACAACUUGCUUUAAGUGUUCCGAGUAGUUUGUAUAAGAUCUGAUUUGUGUCGAGUCUUACACAAUACUGUGGCAGGAACUUGGCUACUGUGCCAGCGCUGGCCCAGGGGUGCUCAGAUUGUGGAUACGUGGAUACCCUCUUUUUCUUUUCAUUUUAUGGUGAUGAACAAAGAACAGGACCUGGUGUCCUCAGCAAACACGGUGCACACACACAAAACUAGAAAAGAAGGACAUGCAUAGACAGAAAAAGAGGCAAACAUCAGCUGUGCAUCCCAAGUUGCAUUCAGCCCCGGAUGUGCCACUGUCCUGUUGGAGACCUCGGGAGACUCAAAACUCAUUUAGUCUUUCUUCAAAGACCAGAGACAAAUUUACUAAUGUAUGAGAGAAUUUUAGAGACUAAGGCAUGUCAGUAGUGAUAGCAAUACACAACACAAUGAGACAUGCACGUUUCAUUACUCAUGCUAUUCUACAUAGAUAAUUUAUUGAAAUGCACCUGCUUUAUCGACAUUGUUUGCACAUUUACACGCAAAGAAUUGCCGAUAGGCAGUUGCAUACUAAACAACUGUCCAUUAACCCGUUCCCAUUGUUAAUGCUGAGAAUUCAAAAAAGAAUGGAUGUUUAUUUUCAAUAAGCUCAGGAUAGAUUUUGUUUUGGUUGUGCAAGCAUUUUAUUGAUGCUAUAGAAAAGACAAUUUACAUGCGAUUACACAUAAAUGACUAUAGAGGGCAGCACUGCACAGGGCCUGAAAUGCAUUGGCUUUGGUGUGCAAUGGAAAUGUGUCAUUCUGAGUGACAGAUGCUGAACGGUUUAUUCAUUUAUCUACACUUUUUUGUCAGACGCUUUUUUACCAAAGCGAAUGAUACGAUUGGGCGAUUCAUUUUUAGGCCAAAGAGGAUCUGUGUGUCGGUUUUAAAAAGACAGAGAUGAAUGAAUUUUUGUCAGUUUUACAAAAGCAAAGUGGAUUUAGAGGAUGGGGACUUUGUUGUUUAUUUAUUUUCAGCAAAUUCUUCUCAAUCCGCCUUUUAUUUAUGACUGUCACGGUGUGCCGGGUCAUAUUGUGGUGGGUUUAGCAAUUUCUCGGGAUUUGUGAAGUCAUCUGACUGGGAGCGCUUAACAAUUUGGUUAAUUUAUUUGAUGGACCCUCUUGCUCAAGCUUUAACACGGGAUCACACAUCAAUGGCACAAAUAUGAGCAGCAGUCAUUUAUUCAAUCUGCCUUAGCACAGGCACAAACAGGUUGAGAGAGAGGCCAAUAAAUGAAUCAGUGCACAUAUGCCAGCGUGUGGGUGUGCGUGCAGGUGUCAAGGUUAAUAUAUGACAGAGCGCAUUGGAUAGAAAAGUACAAAGCAUCAUCAUGUCACUCAGUAGAACUGAUUUCGAAAAAAAAUGUAAGGUGUGGAGGAACAUGACAAAUGUAUAAUCAGUAUCAACAAUAUGUUGGCUGAAAAAGAAGACAAGAAAAUCUGCCUUUAGCUCAUUUUAGCUCGCUCUCUAAUUCCACAGUCCUGAAGCUACGCUCAUCAGAAGUGUGUUUACUGUAAAUAAAAUGAUAUGAAUAUUAGAUGUACAGAAUAGUUGUUACGAGGAGGCUGCUAUCAUAUUGGUACGUGGGCGACAAGAAUAGUUUUAUUUCUGUGUCCAGCAUACAUGCACACACAUAGAAACAGAUGUCUUAAAGUGAUAGUUCACCUGAAAAUGAAAAUUCUGUCAUCAUUUACUCAUCCUCUUGUCAUUUCAAACCAUUUCAAAAACACAGAAGAAGAUAUUUUGAAGAAACUUGGUAACCAAACAGCGCCGGCACCCAUUCACUUCUAUUGUAUGGACAUGAAACCAAUGCAAGUGAAUGGGGGCCGGUUACCAACAUUCUUCAGAAUGUUUUUUUUGUGUGUGUUCUGCUGAAGAAAGAAAGUCAUAACGGUUUGAAAUGACAAGAGGGUGAGUAAAUGAUGACAGAAUUUUCAUUUUUGGGUGUCCCUUGGGAGACCAUUGUAUGCAUUGUGCUUUAUGCAUGAUGCACCACACUCACAACACAACUAACUCUGUGAAAGAUUUCAAUAAAAGGAGGUUUUACUAUGAAA